UCUCUUUGGAUAUACUGUAUACAUUCAGAACAUACAUGUUCAUUUAAGUGAGUUUUACUGCUCUGUUCUGUUAAAAUAAGCUCUGAGUUUUACAUCCAGGUUACACAGCACUAAGACUGGUGAAUGGAUUAGACUCUUGUUCUGGUCAAGUGGAGCUUCAGUUUCUUAAUGAGUGGGGCACAGUAUGUGGUGCAUGCUGGGACAUGAGAGCUUCAAGUGUCCUCUGUAGACAGCUGAAUUGUGGGAUUGCUGUGUCUGUUGUGGGAGUGGACUGGUUUGGAGAGGGAAGUGGUGAAAUCUGGGCUGAUGUGUUUGAUUGUCAGGGGAAUGAAACACAACUCUCACAAUGUCCCAUCUCUUCAUGGAGUCGAGCUGAACGCUCUCAUGCACAAGAUGUUGGAGUCAUCUGCUCUAAUUCGUCUCUGGCUCUUCAUGAUGGGCGAGUACGUUUGUCUGGAGAGAGGGAAUGUGAGGGGGAGGUGGAAGUUUACAUCCAUCAGGUCUGGAGGAGAGUUCUGCUGGACUCCUGGAGUCUCACUGAAUCCUCUGUGGUCUGCAGACAACUGGGCUGUGGCUCUGUGCUGAACUUCUAUGGCUCCUCUUCAUCCAGUCCUGAACACAGUCAUGAUUGUGUGAUGGGCUUCCAGUGCUCUGGGAGUGAAGCUCAUCUGGGGAACUGCAGCUCUCCACAAACUCUCAACUGUAGCUCCACACAACAGCUGUCAAUCACCUGCCAUGGUCAUGAGUCCAUCAGGCUGGUGGGUUCAGGAGGAGACUGUGCAGGGAGGCUGGAGGUUUUACACAAUGGCUCAUGGGGGACAGUGUGUGAUGACUCCUGGGAUAUUAAAGAUGCCCAUGUGGUGUGCAGGCAGCUGCAGUGUGGAGUGGCCCUCAAUAACCAGCAGGUACCAGCCUGGUUUGGUCCUGGGUCUGGACCCAUAUGGCUAGAUGAGGUGAACUGUGAGGGGAAUGAGACGUCCCUGUGGAACUGCUCUUCUCAGGUCUGGGGAAAACAUGACUGUCAACAUAAGGAGGAUGUAGGAGUCAUGUGCUCAGAUGGACAGAGACACAGCGAGUCUGAUCUGUCAAGAGCUGAACUGUGGAAGAUCUGGUGUUGAGUCUGGUUCUUCAUCAAGAGUAAAAUCAGCUCGUAACUGGCUAGAUGAAGUGAAAUGUCGACCACAUGACUCAAAUCUGUGGCAGUGUCCAUCAUCACCUUGGGGAAAGAAUGACUGUGGUGAAGAUGAA